CUGUCGGCUCAACUUGGCUGCAGUCAUGGCUCGCCUCUCCUUCUCAGAAGUGGGCCUGCUGCUCCUGUUAGUGCUGGCUUUGGUGCUCAGUGCCGAGUCAGGACGGAGAAGGAAAAAGACCCUGAGGAGGAAGAAGAGGGAGUGGAUCAUUCCUCCUACCAAGCUCAUGGAAAACACUGACUACCGACACAAGAAAUUCAUUGCCAAGAUACGCUCUGAUAAAAACUUAGGUGAGUCGGUGGAUUAUUUUCUCACUGGACAAGGAGCUGACAAGGAACCCAUCAAUCUCUUUGUAGUGGACCGAAAUACUGGGUUUGUACGCAUCACUGAAUUACUGGACCGGGAGAAACACCAAUUCUACAAUCUAACAGGGGUCGCAAGGUUCAAAGACGGGAUGAAAGCAGAGAAUGAUGUCCCACUGACAGUCGUGGUUCUGGACCAAAAUGACAACCCUCCUUAUUUUGAGCUGCAAAUCGGCAACAUCACAGAGGAAAGCAAACCAGGAAGCGUUGUGAUGCAGAUCAAGGGGAAAGAUAAGGACCAACCUGGAACAAUUAACAGUGAGAUCAGCUACAGGAUCGUGAGUCAGGAGCCCGCAGGCACCGGUCAAAUGUUCACUCUAGACAGAAAGACGGGCCAACUGUACGUCAAAGAGGAAAACCUGGACAGAGAGACUAUUGACUUCUACAAACUGGUCAUAGAGGGGACUGAUAUGGGAGGGGGAUCCAGCGGCCUAGUAGGGACAGGAACAGUGGAGGUCAAAGUCCUGGACAUCAAUGACAACAUCCCCACCCUGGAAAAAUCUGAGUACGAUGGGGAAGUGGAGGAAAAUGUUGCCGAUGUAGUUGUGAUGAGAAUCAAAGCUCUGGAUAAAGACCUUCAACACUCAGACAACUGGCUGACUGUCUUCGAAAUCGCCAAAGGAAAUGAGGAUAACAUAUUUUCAAUUGAGACGGACAAGGAAACCAAUGAGGGCGUCUUGAAGCUGAUUAAGGCUGUGGAUUUUGAAGAUGUCCAGAAUCUUAAGCUUGGCCUGAUCAUUACGAAUGUAGCUCCUUUUGUGAGGGGUGGUGCUAUAUUAAUGGAUGUGGAGGUCAAGAUUGGAGAGGGUAAUCCUAUGGCUGCUGGAGCGGGUGCUGGAGGUGGAGGUGGAGGUGGAGGUGGAGGUGGAGGCGGCGGCGGCGGAGGCGGCGGAGGCGGCGGCGGCGGCGGUGGAGGUGGAGGUGGAGGCGGAGGCGGAGGCGGAGGCGAAGGCGAAGGCGAAGGCGAAGGCGACGGCGAAGGCGACGGCGAAGGCGAAGGUGUAGGUGGAGGUGGAGGUGUUGGGGUUGGGGUUGGGGUUGGGGUUGGGGUUGGGGUUGGGGUUGGAGUGGGUGUCGGUAUUAAGCCAGGUGUCAAACCAGGAACAAAGCCUGAGCCAAAGAGCUAUCCCAUUAAGAUAGCAGUGAAAAACAUUCCAGAGGAUCCAGCAUUCAUUCCAACCACCAAGAAUGUUCCUGUAUCAGAAGAUCCAAAUGAAGCACCUGAAGAUGGAGUGAUCACAGUGUUUGCUGCUGUCGAUCCAGACACAGGGCUACCAGCUGAAGAUGUCAAUUAUGCCAAAGCCUUUGAUCCAGAAAACUGGUUUACCAUCGAUGAAAAAACAGCUGAGAUUAAACUCAACAAGGUACCAGACAGAGAGUCACCUUUUGUGGUGAAUGGUACCUACAUUGCCAAGAUCCUGGUGAUCACAGAUGACAGGCCAUCAAAGACCGCCACAGGAACAAUAGCCAUUCAAGUCCUUGACUCCAACGACCACUGUCCCACUCUGACCACCACCCACAGCACCCAGUGCACUGAUGAAACAACUGUCUAUGUUACUGCAUUUGAUGAGGAUGUUGAUCCCAACGGAGCUCCAUUCACAUUCAGAGUCAUACCUGAUGGGACACGAGGGAGCUGGGACGUAGAAGUCGUCAAUAAGACGAGUGCCGCGCUUCACUCUCAUGAUCCACUCUGGCCUGGCUUAUAUGAGGUUCAGGUGGAGGUGUUGGAUGCUCAAGGUCUUUCUUGCCCAUCCAAUGAAAUUUUUACCGUGGACGUUUGUACCUGUGUGGAGACAAAAGACUGCAAGAUAAAGGCAGCCAAAUUAGAAACUACUUCAACCGAGCUCUCUGCCCCAGCUAUCAGCCUCCUGCUAUCGGCAAUGUGCUUAUUGCUGUUUAUUCCUCUUCUCAUGCUGUUCUGUCAGUGUGGAGCAGAACUUUUUCCUGACAGUUUUCUUGACAUGCCAUGGGAGACCAAAGAACAACUCAUAUCUUACCACACUGAAGGCAGAGGCGAGGAUAAGGAAAUGCCACUCCAUAGUAUAACUGUAUCAUUGGGUCCCCAAAAGACAUUUGGGACAGCACAAGGAUCAAAUUCCAAAGGCACUAUUACAAAUACUAUAAAAAAUAACCAGACAACUACAAUCCAUGAUGAAUUUUUGGAAAGGUUUCAGGACACCAGCCAAAGUUGGAUGGAGGUCGACAACAACGCUCACAGGGAUUUUGGCUAUGGUUAUGGCAGUGCAACAAUCAGCAGAAACACACUACAACACACGACAGCUCACCUAACAGCUCUCUAUGAGGAUAUAGCCUUACCUGACGCUUUCCUGAAUGAUUACUACUCACAGAAAGCGAUGUGUGCUUUGCCUGCGAAGGACUGUUCUUUGGAGUAUCAUUUUGAGGGCCAGGGAUCCUCUGCUGGAUCUGUGGGCAGCUUCAGCCUCCUGGAAACUAACAACGACCUGCAAUUCCUUGAUGACCUUGGGCCAAAGUUCAAGACUCUGUCUGAUAUCUGCUCCCCUCCUAAACCAACACCCAAACCUUCCCUGACACACAAAAUAGUAGGUGCUGUCCAAACCACAGUAAAUAAGGUUGAACCUGUUGUUAUGCCCAAAGUUGAGCGAAGCGUUGAAACAGAUCAUACUGAUGUCAAGAAAGAGACAGUCUUGUCAUCUACUAACAUCUCCAAAUCAUCCGUCAAUACUGUAAGCACUGCCCAUCAAUCCAUGACACUUCCUAACUCUAAGGUUACUAACAUCAGUCAUUCCACCACUCUGCCCCAUCAAGCUCAUCAUUCUGCCAAUCUGUCCCAUCUAGCUCGUACAGUUUUCAUACAGCCGCAGCCAGUUUAUUACGCCACCAACCCUGUACUACAGCCCAUGCACUAUGUAGUUCAACCACAGCUACAGAACACGGUUAUGCUAGCAGAGGGGUCCCAUGGAGCUAAUUUUCCAGGCUUGUAUGUAGUCAGUGGGCCCCAAUGCUCUCCUCCUGGGCUAGUGAUUCAGGGCAUUGAGGGCCCAAAAAGCCCUGCCAGUCCAGUUAGCCCCACCUUCUUUCUACCUGGUAGUCCAGGUGUGUCAACAGGCUCAGGCCCUGCAAAGGGUUGGAAAAUGAUAGGGCCAAAUCCCGAUGGUCAAUACAUGUUAGUUAAAGAUAAGAGUAGACCAGAUGAUGCAGGUGAGGUUGACCCAGGCUCGUCUCAGGGCAAUUUGCCCAGAGGUGCAAUCCUGGUAAAAGAGGCUGCUCCCCCUCAGGGGAGUGUGCAUGGCCUUCUGCCAGGACACACUGUUGCAAAGAGGGGGGGUGCUGUCGGGCAAACAUGGGUUGGGCAGCCAGGAGUGAUGGGGUUAGUGCCGGUAACAGCUUUUGGAAUUGGUGUUGGGAAACCAGGAAUGGGAAUGGCUGUGAAACCAGAAGUCAGACAGGUUGGAAUGUGGCAACCUGGGAUGACUCAAGUUGGCAUUAGGCAGGUCAGUACAAACCAGUACCAAGAAACUACGCAGUUGCAGCAAACAGCAGAUACCAGUGGUAUUCUAAAAGCAUCAAGAAUUAAUUCACCAAAGGAAGACAAGACUACAGCAGUUGUAAAUACCAUCAUUUCAGCUGAAAAUCAGUUGAAGGAUCCAGUUCAGAACAUGAAUUAUGACAUUGUUGAGGAAAAGCACGAUGUCCCCUACAUAUCAAUGCCUCUCGAGACAACACUUGAUGAUGAGGAUCCUGGUAGGAUGGUCCAAACUGCAUUUGAAGACAAAUUGGGUAUCCAACAAUGUCCUACACAAACAUCAGAAACAGCUCCCACAGAAUCCAAUGUCCCACAACAAAACUCAGUGGAAUCAGAACAGCAGGAAAAUCAUGUUCCUGCUAAAGGUUUUUCAGAGGAAAAUAUAUCACUGGUCAAUCAAAUGUCGACCACAGAAGUGUGCCAACCUGGAUCAGAUGUCAUUGAUUUAGUUAAUACAGGCAGAGAGAGUAUAGAGAUAUCAACAAUUCCUCAAGGAGAGGGAUCCACAUCUACUUUAGAACACAUCAACAUUGUAGACGAUCAAAUACAAGAUAUCUCAGAAGUCAAAGUGGACAGUCAAGAGUCAUUGAAAGUGGUAAAAGAAGGACAAGCUGUUCAUCUCACCAUAGUUGAAGGUCUAGAGGACAAAAGUCAGGAAGUUGGGUCAGAAGCUCAAUUAGAUGAUGUGACAGAGGACCAAAUGGACAGGGAUCUGGAGGAAGAUGUCAGUCCAGCACAGAACGUUGUGUCAGACAUAGAAACAAAGCAGGUAAAUGCCACCUCUAAUAGUAUCCAGGGGGAAGUGAAUAUGGAGGAAAUGACUGCAGAUGGUGUUAUCACAGUCAGUGAUUCACAUGCAGACGUAAAGGCUCAGGAAGAGCAACUGCUGGAUUCUGAUGUAGGACUCGAUAGUAUGCAUGACAAAUUGUCAGCAACUCUUCCAAACAUGUUUUCAAAAGUGACUUUGAAUGCAUCUGAAGUUAAGUUGAACCUCGACCCAGAGUCAAUGCCAGAACCACAGUUUGGUCAAAGUGAAUGGACUAUGACAGACAGAGGUAAUGAAGAGACAGAUAGUGCUGAUGAAGCAAUAACAUCAUCGCAAACUGUCAGCACUAUUAUCCUUGGUGAUUCAAAUCUGACAUCAGCCACAGAAGAAAUAACCACCCGAGUGCAAGAAGAGGUGUCUAAUGGGUCAACCAUGCCAACAUUAGAGCAACACAUGCAUACAGCAAAAGACAAUGGCUGUGGCCACCAAGAAGAAGAAAGUGGUACAGAUGAAGUCAAUGCAGAUGCAGACAGUAUGGAGAGAAGUGAUGGAGAGAAAGAGAGUAUUCUGGAGGAAGGAGUGCCACAGCAGAGUUGUAGCACCUCUGGUAACCUAGAUGAAGACACUGGAAGACAAGAUGCUUUCAGUUCUCAAAUGGAAGAUAACGACAGUGUUGAUGAAGAGAAAGGUGAAGAUUCUGUUGAAGCAAUGGUGUCACCAGUACAUCAACAUUUCAAGUACUCAGAUGACCAAGGUGAAGGGAAUGCAACAUGCAUGAGUUCUCCAGAGGAUCAUAACUUAAUCUCAGAUGAUAACAUAAAUGUUCCAGAGCAAGAGGAGGAGAGUUUUGAAGAAGGGGUGUUAUCCAUACACGAAAAUGUUAGCAUCACAGAACCCCAAGCUGCAUUUGUUGAAGGAGAAGCUGUAUCAGGAAGAAGACCUUUGGAGGAUCCUUUUAUCUCAGAAUACAACAAUGCUGUGGAGGAAGAGCUCUCAACUGCACAUCACAUGUCUUCCAUCUCAGAUGAAGACCGUGUACAAGAAGAUGCAUCGAACGCUGUUCAAGUAGAGGAUAAGCUAAGCUCAGGUGGCAGUGAUGGAGAGGAAGAAGAGGAACCGGCCCCCUUCAUACAACAAGACAGUCGUUGUUCUGAUGACCAAGAAGAAGAGAAUGGAAGCGUAGACGCACCAGACACAAGUAUUUACGUAGAGGACGAGAGCAGUAAGUUGAACCAGCAAUUAGAAGACAGCUCUCUGUCUUGUCCCACUGAAUGCUUAUCUGAGGAUCAUUUGUAUUUAGCAAGUCAAAAUGCAGAGAUGAAUCCGUUGCCAGCUUCGUCAGAGGUGGGUAACACUCUAGAAAUACCUUGUGAAGUUACUACACAUCAAGUCAGGCAAGGGGUGGACUCUUCUCAGGUAGGAGACAUAGCGUUGGAUAUUCCUGAUAGAGAAGAUACUAUUGGUCAGGCGUUAGAGAAGCAUACUAAUAUGGAUCAUUUUGAUUCUCCUGUUAUAUCUUCUGAGGGAAUGAGAUCCUCCAGGGUUGCAACAGCACAGGUUUCUAUGUCCAGUGAAGAUAAAGAGGCCAAAGUUCAAAUGUUUGAAUCUGGAGAUAUCGCUUUGGAAAAAGGCAUGGCAGAGGUCACUAUUGAUUUCGCGAUUAGGGAGGGAUUUGAUGACAGUGCAACUGGUGCAUCUGCUCAGGUAGCACCAACAUCUUAUUCAGAAAUGAAAGUGGUAGAGAAGACCCUAUCUUCAGACCUAGACUCAGACCUAGAAUCAGACCUAGACUCAGACCUAGACUCAGGAGAGGUAGAUGAGGAGGCUGGUAACCUCGUUCAGAAUGAAGUAACUGGAGAAACAACAACUCUGAUGGACGAUGUGUCAAGAGCUUCUGAUGACACGCAUGGGGCUGAAGCAAGUGAUGUUGAAGUGAGUCCUGUACAGCUCCAGACAGUCAUGAGCCCAAUUCCUCGUAACAAAUCAAGAAAGAGCAAAGAGGAUUCUAAGAAGAAUCCUAAAAGUCCAAAAAGCCCCUCUGGAAAGUGUAAACAACAGUGAGUACUCUGAAUUCAAUGUUGCAUUAUCAACUAUACAGAGACCCAUACCGUUAUAUGUAGAUGUCUGUUUGAGGUCCAAAUGGGUGAAGAAGAGGGAGGUGCAACAAUAUUUAGGAUUUUCUGUCUUUAAGGCCAAAAUUGUUGUUUAAUAUCAAAAUAUGAACCUGCUACGUUGUUGCAAAAGCAAGCUGUGUCACGUCGCGCAUCUUCAACACACUACCCAGGUGCCCACCCCCCUUACUUAAUCAGAACAGAGUUUUAUCAGUUUGGUGAGUACGUGUCAAACAGAGACGAUUGCUAGAGUGUGUGUAAAAGGGAACUUUAUAUUUUGCUUGAGGGGGUUAACCAACUCUCCCUAGCAGUUUUUAAGGAGUUACCCCUUUACAGAGCCUUCUAAAGCUCCAAAUAGCACAAAGAAGUUUAUUUAUGAACUUUAAUUCCCAGAAGUUGUUCAACAAGAUGCUAGUUGACUGCAUCCUUUGGGACAGGAUACUACAAAGACAAGAGUGACAAAUAUCAAACACAGAUGAGUUGAGUUGAGGUAAAGUUGUUUUUUUACAUAAAGUGAUCCAACGUAUCUUUCGGUUACAAGUAAUUUGGUAAAUGGAUUGCAUACAUUAGUGCUGUCUGUAAGAACAAACCUUGUUGUUCGGAUGUUUUGUUUAAAGUUUAAACUAGCAUAAAAUGGAAAUUCUCAAGUAAAGUAAGUGACUCAAAACUGUACAGAAAGCUACUUGAGUGAAUAUAUUUGGCUACUGUCCAACACUGAUACUAACCAUGACCAACCACAACCAUCAUUCUUAGAUCCCAUUUUAUUAUUGUAUUACAGCAUUGUUGUAUUUUUAAUGCAAGGCUCUCAUUUGUGCAUGCAGAGCUGAAAUUCUCCUUUGCGAGGCUUCUCUUUGAGUUAGAAUAAAAUGCCAUUGCCUGUUUUUUUUGUGAGAUAGUUUUCAAAUUGAAUAAAUCCCAUAUCUUCCAUUUUGUAUAUUUUAUUAUCUAGUUUUUUCUUCACUAUAUAACCAUGUUUUUAUUGAAGCCAUCUCUUCUAACAUUCUUUGAGCUGAAUGCAAAUGUGAACAAGUAGCAGCACCUAUUUAACUAGUUAAAACAUAAGAAACCAAGCUGGAUUUAUGAGCAUAUUUUUCCGCAUCUGCCUUUAGGAAUAAGUGUGUGGAAGGUUUUUGGUGAUUUGAUCUAUAAAUACAUUAUUCAGAACAAAUAUUCAAUUUAUCUUUUUUUAUAUAAUUUGUGAUUCUUGGAUACUGUCAUCAUUGCCUUUAAGUAAGUCAGUUUGAUAUUACCAUAUGGUGUAAUGUAUACAGUAAAACAUUGGUGAAAUGUGGGUUUUCUAAAUACUCUGAUUUUUGUGUA